UCUGGAAGCACCUAGACGUGUUUGAAUUGCUGAGUUGUUAACCAAACCUACUCUGCACUGGAGGGGAAAUGCAACUUUAUCUACGCUGUUAGAGAGCUGUCAGUUUAACAUUUUCAUCAUUUGCAAUGCCCAAAAGUGACACAUGGCAAGAUGGCAAUGCCCUUGACAUGAUGAGAGAAAUGGACAGUACUGGCAGCUGCGACAGUGUGGUCAGCUUCAACUUGUGCUUUAGUGAUGAUGAUAGCCUGGAGUACCUCUCUGCUGAGGAGAGGGCUUGUCUCAUGUUUCUAGAAGAGACCAUUCAGUCAUUGGAUACAGAGGAUGAAAGUGGACUGUCUAAUGAUGAGUCCUAUAAAUUGCCAGCACAAGGAAAUGUGGCUACUAAAGCAGCCCACCUCUCAGCGUCAAUAGGAUUGAAAAAGCUCUCUGCUCAAGAUGUUCCCAAACUCCACUCUGAGGAUCCAUUAUCAUCUGGCAGCAGUAACUCUAGCAGUGAAAUUCUGAACUAUAUGGUUCCUACACCAUUUGUCCUUGCGAACCGUAACUCACAAUUCCCAGCCAGAACUGGACUGGCUGGAUUAUGUAAAAAAGAGCCAAGCAAUGUGAAGAUAACUACUGAAAGUGCCCAGCUGUUUCAGGAAGAUCCACAGGUUCCUUCAGAGGUCAAUGUAGUUGUGAUACCACCGCCACAUAAAAUCAAAGGGAAUAAAGGUUCAGUCAUUCAAAAACCAAAUGACCAGAGUUCAGAGAAAUUGCCCCAUAGAGGGCUCCUGUCUUAUGAGAAUCAGGUGCAGCUGUGCAAGAGUGCAUCCAUGCAGAAAACCAAUACAGAUGAGCCCAAAACGGGAGAGGAGUUUUCUACAAAUCUUCAUCAUUCUAAUGAGGGAAGCACUUCUAGAUCCAAAACCCUUAAUCAGAACUCCGAGGCAAUGGAAAGUAGAAGCUCCAAACCCACUCCCCCUCCCGUGGCCCCAAAACCUAAAAUGAAAACCCCAAUGAACCAGGAAGGAGCAACAGUCCCCUCAAACAUGUCUUCCUCUGGUGUGUUACCAGUGGAUAAAUCAACAAACCCAGAGAAAGUGAGACUGGAGGCUCUUUGUAAGUUGGGUCUCCUCAAAGAGGAAGCAUCUAAUUCGAGGCAGCACAUGAUAACAGGACAGAACCCAACUUCUCAACAAUUGAAGCAUUCACAAUCCCCUGCAAACUCAGUGCAAAACCAGUCUACAGGUGAACCUCUUCCUCCAUGUGUCACAGCAAGACCUGGAAACCUGAUAAACCAACCAGUGCUCAGUUGCAACCCUCUCCGUCAGAGGUCCAUGAGUGAUCUUUGCACAGCCCCUUCACAUCCACAACAUGCCAGUAUGACUUCAGCACGGAAAGCUGCGACACUGGAAUGCAAUGGGAUGGAAGGACAAAUUUGUACAUCCAAUCAUGGGUCCUCAAGUACUAGCAUCACAGACUUAAAUACACAUGGAACCAAAAUCCACCUCAGAGACACUCAGAUGGAUGCUAGUGAGUCAACACUCGGUAAAGCCCAAGAGUCUCAGCAAGUAUCCUCAUCCCAUUCCAAACCUACACAUGUUGUUCUGGUCCACAGCAUUGGAAAGGAUCGGAGAGAGGCCCUACGAAAACUAGGGUUGUUGAAAAACUGAGGGUUGUUGACCAUAUUUUACACCCUGUUUACACCUGAUGCGAGUGGCACGAUGUAUCGUGUUAAAAGCAAAUCUCCUCUAUUGUAAUCAAGGUCGCAUCACAUUGCGUCGACUGCUUAAGACUGAUGACUAUAAUGAUAUAUCACCUGGAUGCCUCUGCCUAAUGCUGCUCUGAAGAUUUACAUUAUAUGUUUACUUUUCCAGGUGCUAAACUUCCUUGAAUUUUGAACUGGCUGUGUAAGUAGAUUAGCAAUUAGCCUUAAAUCACCUUUUGGUGUGGUUUUUAAGGCCCUGUUUUGCGGACCAGUUUUACAGAUUGUUUCAGAAAAUAAAUGUAUGCUUUUUACUCAUUGCAAAAAAAAUCUAGUUUGAGUCUUUUUGCGCUUGUUUUAUAGUAUCAAUAUCUAAUAAUCCUUAAAACAAGACACAUUUUAUUGAGAAGUAAUAUUGCAUAAGAUAUUAAAGAUACAUUCUCUGAAAAUAAGCUUAAAUAUAUUAUGCAGUGUUGCUUCGCAAGUAAUUGUUUGAUGUUUCAAGGAUUUUUAGACACAGUAUUUUUAUUAGAAAACAAGUGAAAAAGAAUGAUUAAAAACUCAAAUACUGACUAUAUUUUUACUACAUGAUUACUACAUAUGCUUGAACGGAGACUGUAGAACUCGAUGAAUCCAGGUUGUCUUUACCCCUGCCAUUCCUCUCGAAGAUCAUCUAUCAGUCAAACUCCUCAUUUUACCCGCUGUUCAGUGAGAUCUGACACAGCACUUCAGUGGAUUAGCGCAUUGUCUUAGCUUGCGCCAACAGACGAGCGUUCAUGUUACCUGGCCUCUCAGAUUCAUCUGUCAUUAAAGUUCUUAAUCUCAGAAAGUGACCUAGUUCAUGACUUGCACUGAGAAUGGCUCCUUCUGUUGUGAUUGUCCCAGUUACCAGUUGCCCUUUCACAAAGAUCCAAAGACUAGCUUGUCUAAUUGAAUCCAAAUAUAAACAACAGAAAUUCUAACCUUAUUGCCUUAACUUUAAGAGCUAGCAAUAAAGGAUAGCAAUUUUUAACCACUGAUGGAAAUCAACACAUGUUUUUGUUUUAUUUUUGUCAUUGCC